GUUAAGAAAAAGUAAGGCCUGGUUUGGGAAAUCGCGUGAUCCACAAGGAUUUUUAUGAACGUGGGCGAUAUGUAGCCCACAAUCGUGACGUAAGGUAUUCUCCCACGCAUUCAGAGUAAGACUGUACUGUACUGCACUGCACUGAGACAACCACCAAGCUGUGCUGCAAGUCAGAUCAGAGAACCAGCGUGGCCAGCUCUGGUGGCAGUAGCUACCUGCUAUAUGAUAAUGAUGACUAAGCUAUUCUACACAAGAAAAGGUAAUAGUGAUAGAAUCUAAACACACAAUCUAGACUAGUAGAUCAUCUAGCUAAGCCUAAGGUAUAGCUAGCUAUAGUGCUUGCAAACUUCCAGUUCCAAGUCCAUGUCCAGCUUGCUGCAGGCAAAGUUUUAUUAGUCGUAGACCUCUGCGUGGGCAGUCCAACAUCUCUAGCUCAGUAUGCCCACGCUCAUUUUCACCCUUCUACCACCCUUCUACCCUCACGCGACUUCCCGAUACAGGCUCUCCUUUUUCCUAACUUUACGUCUAUUUCUUUCUUUAUUCCUCCAAUUAAUACCGUAUUUUAUCUCAUUGAACGAAUAAUACAGUAUUUUAUCUUAUUGAACGAUUGUGAUAAAGAACAGAAAAAGGAGAGCCUGUGUAGAGGCUAGUUAGCAAUAACAUCCUUCUCUUGUCAAGAUAAAGAAGUACAGUUCUCCAUCAAAGAAGCGAGGCUGCCACACAGACUCUGAGAGCGUAGAUUAAGGAAGGAGUAAGGCUCCAGAAGCAGUGAAAUAAUUACCAGUCAGAAAUAUCCAUCAAAUUCCCAGCUCCACGGAUCAUCUAUGAAUAGUCUCUCGAUACACUGGAUUGCACUUGCUGUGCAUUUGCUGUGUGCAUAGCUCUCCUAGUGACUGCCAUACCGUCUGUAUACAUGUUGGACAAUGGAGACUCCUCGUUAGAAGCAGCUGAAGAUCUGCCGAGUGUCUUCCUUGCUAUUCUGGCUAGAAAUUCAGCUCACAUGCUACCCAACUUUCUCGGUUAUCUGGAGAACUUGGACUAUCCUAAAGACAGGAUUUCAUUGUGGAUCAGAACAGACCAUAACGGUGACAACACCACGGCAAUACUUGCUGAGUGGGCAGAAAACGUUAAGCUCUUGUACAAAUCGGUGGACUUGAAGUCAUCAGACGAGUGGCUGUAUCCGAACCUUGACCCCUUCGAGGAGCAUGACGAGAGGUUCGUCCAUGUUGCCCAGCUGAGACAGAAAGGUCUGGAGGCGGCCAGGCGUUCAGGGGCAGACUACCUCUUUCGGCUAGACUGUGACAACUUUCUGGUGAACAACAGGACACUACGGAUUCUGAUGGAUCAGCAAAGAUCUGCCUAUGCACAUUCUGAACACCGAGGUGUUUGGGUUCAUGGUCAAACCAGAGGACUAUGAGAGCCUGGACCACGCUGCCUCCUCUUUCAGCUGGACAACCUUGG